AUAUAUAAGUAGGUUUCAUUUUUUUUAUUUUUUAUUUUUUUAUUAUUAUUAUUUCCAAAGGGUAAGGAGAGAAGAUACAUAUUAUUGUAUUUGUAUGAUGGCUUUGGAAUUUCCAAUUUCUCUCUUAUGACUGUUACAACUCAUCCAUUGGAACCCAAUUUGUAAAGAAGCAACGUGGGGUAAAGCCCAUCAAAGUCAAUUAUAUUCUCUGAUACUCACAACCCCCCAUCAAAAAAAAAAAAAAAAAAGACGAUUUUUCUCUAUUUCUUUGUGUUUUUUGGUUGAUUGGUCUUUGUUUCUGUUCUGGGUUUUUUAUUUUAGAAAGAAAGAAAGAAAAAAAUUGUUUUUUUUCCACUUGUGUACGGAGAAAGAACUGACAAAUUCUCUGAAAACGCCGCCGACAGCGCCGCCGCAGCUUUUGAUUAAGAUGGCGACGUACUUUCACGGUGGUUCAGAAAUCCAAGCGAAUUCUGACGGAAUUCACACUCUUUACCUUAUGAACCCAAAUUACGUACCUUACUCUGACACCCACUCUCAAACGCCUCCCAAUAUGCUUUUUCUCAAUCCUUCAACUCACGCGCUUAACCCUUCAACUCUUUCCCACGCGCCGCCUUCCAACAACCACUUCGUCGGAAUUCCCCUCCCCACCACCGACGCUCCCCGUCCAUCCUACCACUACAAUCUAUGGACUCCUAUGGACCAACAAACCGCCCACCACGGAAUUUCCGCCGAUUCUGCCGAUUUGACCUUCCGCCGCCCCACCACGCAACAAGGUUUGUCCUUAAGCCUCUCCUCCCAACAGUCGUUGUACCGGACACUAUCGGCUGAGCAGGAUAUUCAAGGCGGCGGCGGAGGUGGCGGUGGGGGUGGUGCUCUGAGUGGGGAUGAAAUUCGGGUAUCAGGAAAUUCGCCGACGUCGGUGUCGGUGGUGUCAAGUGGAAUAACGGGGGUUCAAAGUGUGAUAUUGGGGUCUAAGUACUUGAAAGCGGCUCAAGAACUUUUGGAUGAAGUGGUUCAUGUUGGUAAAGGAAAUUUUAAAACCGACAAAGGGGAGGGGACAAAGGACAAGAUGAAGAUGAAGAAAGAAUCAACGGCCACGAUUGGUGGAGACCCUUCCGGCGGCGGCAGUGAAACUACUUCCAAGGCUGCUUCUGAGCUCAGUACUGCUCAAAGACAAGACCUUCAGAUGAAAAAAGCUAAGCUUAUUGGCAUGCUUGAUGAGGUAGAACAAAAGUACAGACAGUACCACCAACAAAUGCAAGGAGUGGUGAGUUGUUUUGAGCAGGCGGCAGGUUUAGGGUCAGCCAAGUCGUAUGCUUCACUUGCACUUGCAACUAUUUCGAAGCAAUUCCGUUGCUUAAAAGAUGCAAUUUGUGCACAAAUUAAAGCCACAGGGAAAAGCUUAGGAGAAGAAGAUAAUUGGUUGGGUUCAAAAAUUGAAGGCUCUUCAAGAUUGAGAUACGUUGAUCAUCAUCUAAGGCAGCAAAGAGCUUUGCAACAAUUGGGAAUGAUUCAACAUAAUACUUGGAGACCACAAAGAGGUUUGCCUGAACGUGCUGUUUCUGUUCUUCGUGCUUGGCUCUUUGAGCAUUUCCUUCACCCCUAUCCCAAAGAUUCAGACAAGAUUAUUCUCGCUAAACAAACUGGACUCACUAGGAGUCAGGUAUCAAAUUGGUUUAUAAAUGCAAGAGUUCGUCUAUGGAAGCCAAUGGUUGAGGAAAUGUACUUGGAGGAAAUCAAAGAGCAAGAACAAAACGGGGACUCCCAAGACAUGAUUAGAGGAUCAGGAGAUAAUCAUCAUCAUCAGAACAAUAACAACAAUAAUAGUAAUAAUGAUCCACAAUAUUCCAAGACAGAAAAUUUGAUGAACAACCACCCUUCCCAUUCUUCAAUCUCAUCAUCCUCAAUCUUAGGAAUAGGAUCAACAACAACCGGCGGCUUCAACCUCGUACCGCCAUCCUCCGGCAACAACAUCCUCUCAAGUCCCAAAAAACCAAGAACCACCACCGCGGCCACCACCACCAGUACAGCCACAAACAACAACAGCAAUGCUGUUCAUGAUCAUCAUAGGGGUAGUUUUGGUAAUUCAAACACAUACCCAGUUGGUGAAAUUGGCUCAACCUUCAAUUCUGAGCUUUUGACUCCAAGGUUUCAUGCAAAUGGAGUCUCUCUUACUCUUGCCCUUCCUCAUAAUAAUAAUUCAGAUCAUCUCUCUCUUUCAGCCAACCAACCAAAUUACCAUCACCUAUCCUCCAACCCAAAUCUUCACUUGGGCAGAUCAUCAAGGCUUGAUAUCACCAAUCAUCAUCAUCCCGGACCACCUGAUUUCUCCGAUGUCAAUCCCGCUGCCCCGCCGCCUCAUUCCGCUUAUGAUCACGUCGAAAUGCAAACCACCAAAAGGUUCGCCGCCCAAUUGUUGCCGGAUUUUGUCGCCUGAACAACCCAAAGGUUCGCUGCAAAUAUAUAUAAAAGCAUAUACUUGUCAGUAUAGGACCAUAUAUUUUUAUGUGUAUGUAUUUAUAUAUAUAUAUAUACUUAAUUGCUUACUUUCAUAUUUCAUAUGGGAACUUAAUUUGUAUCAUAUAUAAAUUUUCGCACA